CGACCACUAACAUCGUCUCAUCCGCCGCCUCCCCUCGCCUCGCCGCGCGCUUCCUCCGCCUCCGCCGCCGCGUCGAUCUCGCUCGCGCAGCCGGUUUCUUCUCUCGUCGGUGGGUGGGGUAUAGGAUGGCGGGACGCGGGAAGGCGAUCGGCGCCGGGGCCGCGAAGAAGGCGACGUCGAGGAGCUCCAAGGCCGGGCUGCAGUUCCCCGUCGGGAGGAUCGCCAGGUUCCUCAAGGCCGGCAAGUACGCCGAGCGCGUCGGCGCCGGCGCUCCCGUCUACCUCGCCGCCGUCCUCGAGUACCUCGCCGCCGAGGUGCUGGAGCUCGCCGGGAACGCGGCGAGGGACAACAAGAAGACCCGCAUUGUGCCGCGCCACAUCCAGCUCGCGGUGCGCAACGACGAGGAGCUCACCAAGCUGCUCGGCGGCGCCACCAUCGCCAGCGGCGGCGUCAUGCCCAACAUCCACCAGCACCUCCUCCCCAAGAAGGCCGGGUCAUCCAAGGCGUCCCACGCCGACGACGACGACAACUGAGCCCCCUUCCUCCUCCUCCGCCGCCGCCGCCGCCUGCAUUCGUCAUCUUGUCUUAUGCACUAGUAGGAUAUUUAGCUGUUUAUUUUGGACCAAGGUGUGUUGUUGCGUUAAGCAGUAGGAAGAAACAAGAAAAAAAUUGCUUAGUUCUUGGUUUGUUUUGGUGGCCUGAUUGAUGGCUGUGAAUAUGGUGAAAUUUUUGGCUAUUUAUCUCAGAUGUAAUCCCGGCGAUGAUCUUGCUGUGUUUGGCACUUGAGUGGUUGAAGAAACGAGGAACAGACUGAAACUAAAACUUUGAAUCGUCA